CUUUUACUCAUAUUGUCUUUUUUUUUUUUACUGAAUAAUUCUAUCGUUCUAAAGAAAAAGAGAUACAAUGUCAUCAACUACCAGUUUUACAAAGGCUCCAGUCAAUGAAGAUGCACCAAUGUCUGUUCAUUCUGUUCGCGUUUUGGGCACCAGUAUUACACGCAAGUCCUUUUUGGAUACUUUGACUCAAGGAUUAUUCACACCUCAGACGACCUCCGACGUGUUUAAGGAAGCUCAGGAUAUUGCAACCAAGUUGGAUCAUCAUGAUGUUUUUGACGAGAUCAAGGUGUAUUUGGAUACCAAUCAAAACUUGAAAGAUACAGUGGAUGUAACCAUUCAACUCAAAGAAAAAUCAAGAGGUUUGGUUAAGACUGCUUUUUGUACUGGUGACAAUGAAGUUCAUGUGAUUGGUUCUGUUUUAUCAAGAAAUCUUUUUGGUGGAGCAGAAACAUUUGAUACCAGUUUCAGCUUUGGCAAUCGUACUCUAGCUGCUGGCGAGGCUGUUCUUAGUACCCCUUUGAAUGGAUCACCUUAUCUUACCUUAUCUGGUUUUGUGAAUGGCGCUAUCAAAGAUCAUUCAUUGAUCAAUCCUUAUAAAGAAGAAUCUCAAACUAAAGGUUUACGUGUCAAGAUUCAAUCUUUAUAUGGUGAAAAUGAAAUAUCUUAUGCAUUAACUCAACGUGAUAUUACUGCUUAUCCUACGGCUUCAUCAACCAUUCGAGAACAAUCUGGCGCCAACACGAAAUCAUCCGUAUAUCAUUCAUUUGUGCAUGACACUCGCAACCACAAGACACUUCCUACUGAAGGGCAUUAUCUCGGACUUUUCCAAGAAUGGGCUGGUGUAGGAUCAAAAGGGGAUUCCAACUUUAUCAAACAUGAAAUAUUUGGUCAAACUCAUAGGACAUUGGUGAACAAGGGAGUUGGUACAGAUGCUGUGCGUGUAUCUUUGAGUCUUAGUGGCAAGGCUGGUUUAUUGGCAUCAUUAGAUAAUAAUAAGGUCAAUUUAUCUGAUCGUCUUUAUUUGGGUGGUCCUCUCUCUUUGCGUGGAUUCAAAUCUGGUGGUAUUGGUGCAAGAAAUGGAAAUGAUGCACUAGGAGGCAAUGUUUAUUGGGCUGUGGGGGCUAGUAUGAUCAGUACGAUUCCUGGAUCAGCUCAUUUACCUAUCAAACUACAUGCUUUUGCAAAUGCAGGAAAUAUGUCUCAAUGGCAACGAGGUGAAGAAAUGAACAAGACGAUAGAAGAUUUAUCUCGGGAACCACGUGUAUCUAUUGGUUUAGGUCUUAUUUUCCAUCAUGAAGUAGCUCGUAUAGAAACCAACUUUACAAUUCCUCUUCGAUUCCGAACUGGUGAUGUGAUUGAUAGUGGUUUUGGUUUUGGUGUGGGUAUCAACUUCUUGUAGAUUCAAAAAUAAAAAAUAAACACGGUCGGCUUUUGAACUGGGGCUGUCAUCUUUUUUUUUUUUUUUUU